GCCAGGCUUAGAGUGGAACGCUAGGGAGGCUGAGUCUAGACUGAAGUGGGUGGGAGAGAGGAAGGGGAGGGGAGCGGAGGGGAGCGGAGGCGCAGGAAAAGAAGACUCGGAGGAGCGGAGGCGAGGGGGAGCAGCGGCGCGAGGCGCGACGCCGCUCUGUCUAGCGCCCGCACGGAUGCGGUGGCGGGCUUCGAGGGGGAACCCCGGGAGGCCGGGCGUCUGAGCGCCAGCUCCGCUCCGGCCCCUCCUCCGCUUUCCCCGCCGGCCGGGAACCUCCUCAAGCCCCGCCCGGACUGCUCAGCCUGAAGGGAGCGAACUCGCCCCGCUGCGGGCCACAGGGCUCGCUAGCAGCCCCGGGGGCGGCGGCGUGAAGGAGGAGAGCCCCCGGACGCCGGGCGGCCGAGGGCCAGGAGCCGGGGGCUCCGCCGGGAUGGGCAAUCUGGAGAGCGCCGAGGCCGGGCCGGGCGAGCCCGCCCCGGUGCCGCUGCUGCUGCCCGCAGGCAGGACGCCGAUGCCCGAGCCGUGCGAGCUGGAGGAGAGGUUCGCGCUGGUGCUGAGCUCCAUGAAUCUGCCUCCAGACAAGGCCCGCCUCUUACGACAGUAUGACAAUGAGAAAAAGUGGGAUCUCAUCUGUGAUCAGGAGCGAUUUCAGGUGAAGAAUCCUCCCCACACUUAUAUCCAGAAACUACAGAGCUUCCUGGACCCCAGUGUGACUCGAAAGAAGUUCAGGAGGAGAGUCCAAGAAUCGACCAAAGUGCUGAGGGAGUUAGAAAUCUCUCUUCGGACUAAUUACAUUGGGUGGGUCCGAGAAUUUUUGAGCGAUGAGAACAAAGGAUUGGAUGUGCUGGUCGAUUACCUGUCUUUUGCACAGUGUUCUGUCAUGUUUGAUUUUGAGGGUCUGGAAAGCAGUGAUGAAGGAGCUUUUGAGAAGCUGCGAUCCUGGAGCAGGUCCAUCGAGGAUCUGCAGCAGCAGCCCAGUGCCCUGUCCGCUCCCUUUGCCAGUAGCCUUGCUCGCUCUGCCCGCCAGUCUGUGCUACGGUACAGCACACUUCCUGGGAGAAGGGCCCUGAAGAACUCCCGCCUUGUAAGCCAGAAGGAUGAUGUCCAUGUCUGUAUCCUCUGCCUCAGGGCUAUUAUGAACUACCAGUAUGGAUUCAACCUGGUUAUGUCCCAUCCUCAUGCUGUCAAUGAGAUUGCCCUCAGUCUCAACAACAAGAACCCCAGGACUAAAGCCCUUGUUUUGGAGCUGCUAGCUGCUGUAUGCUUGGUGAGGGGAGGCCAUGAAAUCAUCCUUGCUGCCUUUGACAACUUUAAAGAGGUAUGCAAAGAGCUCUACAGAUUUGAGAAGUUGAUGGAAUACUUCCGGAAUGAGGACAGCAAUAUCGACUUUAUGGUGGCCUGCAUGCAAUUCAUCAAUAUUGUGGUACAUUCGGUGGAAGAUAUGAAUUUCCGAGUCCACCUUCAAUAUGAAUUCACCAAACUUGGGCUGGAGGAGUUCUUGCAGAAGUCAAGGCAUACAGAGAGUGAGAAAUUGCAAGUGCAGAUUCAGGCAUACCUAGAUAAUGUAUUUGAUGUUGGUGGACUGCUUGAAGAUGCAGAAACCAAGAAUGUGGCACUGGAGAAGGUGGAAGAGCUGGAGGAGCACAUUUCCCAAUUAUCGGAAAAGUUGCUAGAUCUUGAAAAUGAAAACAUGAUGCGUGUGGCAGAGCUAGAGAAGCAGCUGCUACAGCGGGAGAAGGAGCUAGAGAACAUCAAGGAGACCUAUGAAAACACAAAUCAUCAGGUACACACGCUUAGGAGGCUUAUCAAGGAGAAGGAGGAGGCCUUUCAGCAUAGGUGCCACCUGGAUCCACAUUCUCAGGCCUUGGAAUCGAUGGGUGAUUUCACCAGAGUGGGCCCUACUGAACUCAGUGAGAGUGUGUUCCCAUCAGACCUUGACCUAGUAGCCCCACCCUCACCCCCGGAAGAGACACUGCCCCUGGCUCCACCACCAGCUCCGCCCCUCCCACCUCCGGCACCCCCCCUGCCAGAAAAAUGUCCUCCUGCCCCGCCUCUCCCUGGAGCCGCUCCCUCAGUGGUCCUGACUGUGGGCCUGUCAGCUAUCCGCAUCAAGAAACCAAUCAAGACCAAGUUCCGUCUGCCUGUGUUUAAUUGGACAGCACUGAAGCCCAACCAGAUCAGUGGCACUGUCUUCAGUGAACUUGAUGAUGAGAAGAUCCUAGAAGAUCUGGAUCUGGAUAAGUUUGAGGAACUGUUCAAGACGAAGGCACAGGGUCCUGCUCUUGAUCUUGUCUGCUCCAAGAACAAAACAUCGCAAAAGGCAGCUAGCAAGGUUACUUUGCUGGAGGCCAACCGAGCCAAGAACCUGGCAAUAACUCUGCGAAAGGCUGGCCGCUCAGCUGAGGAAAUCUGCCGGGCAAUCCAUAUGUUUGACCUGCAGACACUGCCGGUGGACUUUGUGGAGUGUCUCAUGCGUUUCCUGCCAACGGAGGCCGAAGUAAAGCUCUUGCGGCAGUAUGAGCGGGAGCGGCAGCCCCUGGAGGAGCUGGCAGCAGAGGACCGUUUCAUGCUACUUUUCAGCAAAGUGGAGCGACUGACUCAGCGCAUGGCCGGCAUGGCCUUCCUAGGCAACUUCCAGGACAACCUACAGAUGCUCACUCCGCAACUCAAUGCCAUCAUCGCUGCGUCUGCCUCUGUCAAGUCUUCUCAGAGGCUGAAGCAGAUGCUUGAGAUAAUCCUUGCUCUGGGGAACUACAUGAACAGCAGCAAGAGGGGUGCAGUGUAUGGCUUCAAGCUGCAAAGCCUGGACCUGCUAUUGGACACCAAAUCUACUGACCGGAAGCUGACUUUGCUACACUUCAUUGCAUUGACUGUGAAAGAGAAGUACCCAGAAUUGGCUGGCUUUUGGCAUGAGCUGCACUUUGUGGAGAAGGCUGCAGCAGUGUCCUUGGAGAACGUGUUGCUGGAUGUGAAGGAGCUGGGCCGAGGAAUGGAGCUAAUCCGGCGAGAAUGUAGCCUUCAUGACAACAGUGUCCUCCGCAACUUCCUUAGUGCUAAUGAGGGCAAGUUGGACAAGCUUCAGCGAGAUGCCAGGACAGCAGAGGAGGCUUACAAUACCGUUGUACGUUACUUUGGUGAAAGCCCCAAGACAACUCCUCCUUCUGUAUUCUUUCCAGUAUUUGUUCGGUUUAUCCGCUCUUACAAGGAAGCAGAGCAGGAAAAUGAAGCACGAAAAAAGCAGGAAGAGGUAAUGCGGGAGAAGCUGCUGGCUCAGGAGGCUAAGAAACUGGAUGCCAAGACUCCCUCUCAGCGGAACAAGUGGCAGCAGCAAGAACUGAUUGCAGAGCUUCGGCGGCGCCAGGCCAAGGAGCACCGGCCUGUCUAUGAGGGCAAGGAUGGCACCAUAGAGGAUAUCAUCACAGUGCUGAAGAGUGUCCCCUUCACAGCCCGUACUGCCAAGCGGGGCUCACGCUUCUUCUGCGAUGCAGCCCAUCAUGAUGAGUCAAACUGUUAGCCCCCAAGGCUGGGAGCCCCUGACAGGCCUGCACCACUGGGCCUGGAGCUAUGCCCUGGUCCGAGCCCCAGGUCUCCACUGAGGCACUAACUAAUGGAGAAGGAAGCACUUCAGGCCCUCAAGCUCGUCUCUGCAAGUUGAAGGGUUUUGAUCCGGAGCCUUGGAACUGGCAGUGGCUCCCAAGCUGGGACUGCCACAUUUAUCCCCUUACUUCCUGUUCCCAACCUAGGCCUUGAGACUGGCUUCCUAUCAGCUUCUGGUUCAGAAGGGGAGACAGUGGUCAUCUUUCCUGUGGGAAUCAGAUUCCCCAGGUUGAGAACUCACCCAGCACCCAUGUGUUGUCUUUUACUGCACUUUGUUCUUAAGGCCUCUCACCACCUGCCCUGUUAGGACCCUCUUAAUCCCUUCAAGGCAGCUCAGCCCUGUUAGGAGUGGACACAACCUCUAGCAGGAUCAGGGUGGAGAUGUCAGCUUUAGCACUUCCUGAGAACUCAGGCCCCAGGGUCUUAGACCUCAACCUAAAGAACCUGAAAAAGGAACAAGGGAGCAACUAGAUUCUGAUUGUAGGAAGAGCAGAAGCAAGACCCAAAGUAUGCGCUAAUAAGGAGAAAAGUCCUAGAGGAAUUAUUUUCUUCUAGACCCUUGGAUGUAGAUGGCUACCAGAACACUGGGGCUGAGAAUAACAUUCCUUAUUCCUCCAGCAACUGGAGCCCUGCCCUACUUCCAGGGUGGGUUGUUAGACCAACUUCUGGACUCAUCAGUAUUGAUGGUGGAGGAAGACUUUUCUAGCUUGUCCAAAUCUGGUCUUUUGAGUGGAGACCAAGGGCAGAGCUGGGGAAGGAGAAAAUAAUUAAUUGGAAUUACCUUUCUUGUUGAAGGUGAAGAGGGGGCAUCUACAGCAGCAGGCUAAGCAUUGAAAUGGACCAGACUUGUGAUUUUCUAGUGCUAAUUCAAGUCAGUACCUGUUCUGCAACUUAAAAUUAGUCUUGCAAGUGGCCGGCCCAAUGCCCCAAGAAGUCACAUAGCCAGUAAAGUCAGACAAAGGACUUGCCAUACUGCCUCCGGAAGCAAGAAUCAAGGGAAAAAAACAAAACAGAAAAGCCCAUGCACAGCUUUGCUAGGGUAGGGCUUUCUAUUUGAGCCAAGUAUCUCCGAGAAUGUACGUUAUCCAUUCUGUUUUGCAUAUGGAAAGCAUCUCAUCCCUA